ACCGGGACGGUUAAACAAAAUGGCAACAUAUGGAGAGGAGCCAGUAGACAGCUGCUUCUACUCAUCGUACAACCCUUACAGAUACAGGGCCAGAGACCCGGGCUGGAAAUAUAAAAACUACUUCUCCCACUAUGGAGACUCGUCUGACGCCUUCAACAACCACCAGCGCGCCCAGCUCAAGUCCAUUUUAUCCCAGAUCAACCCCAAACUCACGCCGAGGCUGAGGAAGGACAACACCAAGGAUGUGUCUGUGCAAGUCAACCCGAAGAGGGACGCCUCGGUGCAGUGCUCCAUCGGGCCCCGGACCCUGCAGGCCAUGAAGCGGGACCUCCAGCGCAAGAGGAGGCCGGAGCCCGAGACGCCCAGCAGCCCCAAGACGGCGGGGGGUGUGCGUUACCCGCGCACGCUCGCCGUGUACUCCCCUAUAGCUUACCGGAGCGUCACGUCCUUCUUGGUUGAAGACUGUGACGGUAAAGAGGUGGACCAUUCAGCCGCGGAGUCCCUGCAGACCGCCGAGGACAAGGAAGAAGACACCCAGGCUGUCCAGGACGAGGACACCGAACAGGACCACGAGUCCAAACCGCACGUGAAGGGAGAAGACGCGCAGCCGGCAGAGGAGAUCAAAGGCAAGGCGCGCGUGCGCUUCCAGUUCCUGGAGCAGAAGUAUGGAUAUUAUCACUGCAGAGAGUGCAACCUGCGGUGGGAGAGCGCGUACGUGUGGUGCGUUCAGGGCACAAACAAGGUUUACUUCAAACAGUUCUGCAGGAAAUGCCAGAAAAGUUUCAACCCAUACCGUGUUGAAGACCUCACAUGCUAUACUUGCAACAAAGCACGCUGCUGCUGUGCCUUAACGCAGCGGCACGUUGACCCCAAGCGACCCCACAGGCAGGACUUGUGUGGCAGAUGCAAAGGCAAGCGUCUCUCCUGCGACAGCACAUUCAGCUUCAAAUACAUCAUCUGAGCCAUCUCCUCAACUUGGCCCUGAACACAAUC